CGCAGAAUUCCAACAGAAGCAGAGGAAUUAACAGGACGAGAGUUGAUCGACUAUGUGAACAGCCACCAGUCAUUAUGGAAGGCAAAGGAGAAUCGUCGUUUCGCUCGCUAUCCAGAUCGUACAAAAUGGGGUCUGAUGGGUGUGAAUAAUGUGCGCCUGAGUGUGAGGGCAAAACAGCAUCUGUCCACCACCAAGGACUUAGACAUCGACAUUCCGGAGUCGUUCGAUGCACGAGAAGAAUGGCCCGACUGCGAUUCUAUCAAGGUCAUUCGGGAUCAAUCCAGCUGUGGAUCAUGCUGGGCAUUUGGAGCUGUCGAAGCAAUGUCGGAUCGUAUAUGCAUUGCCUCAAAAGGAGAAAUCCAGGUUUCGCUUUCAGCUGAUGAUCUUCUAAGUUGCUGCAGGUCGUGCGGUUUUGGAAAAUGUGUACCGACUUACAACGAGAAGACCUACAACGAUGACAAAUAUUACGGACGAAACGCUUACGGAGUAAAGGAUGAUGUCACUGCAAUUCAAAAGGAGGUUCUGACGCAUGGUCCUGUUGAAGUGGCUUUCGAGGUGUACGAAGAUUUCCUAAACUACGCUGGAGGCAUCUAUGUGCAUACCGGAGGAAGACUGGGAGGAGGACAUGCAGUGAAAUUGAUCGGAUGGGGUGUCGAACAAGGAAUGCCAUACUGGUUGAUCGCUAACAGCUGGAACACUGAUUGGGGAGAGGACGGUUACUUCCGUAUUCUGAGGGGAGUCGACGAAUGUGGCAUCGAGUCUGGAGUUGUUGGUGGUGUGCCAAAGCUGAAUUCAAUUCAUCGCAGACGUCACGUGGCGGCAUCAUCGUAUAUGGACGAUUUCUUCUGA